AUGGAUUCAUCACUCAAGCAAGUACUGAGGAAAGCUCCAUCACGGCGCAGUGAAGAGGACCUGAACAAUAUUUACUGUCACCUCUAUCACAUGGAUGUCCUGUCUCACCUCAGGGACCAUCAACUCAGGUCCAUUUGCAGACAUGCCAGGUACGAGCGCUAUGAAGCUCACCACGUCCUGUUCUAUCCUGAUAGCAUCGCCAUGUGCUGGUAUAUACUGCUCUCUGGAUCCGUCUUAGUUAAGGAUCAUAUGUUCUUGGCACGGUGUUGCUUUGGCCAACAGCAGGGCGGGAGAAGAGGCUGUGAAUGCAUCGUUCUGCAGCCGUCAGAAAUGAUCGUGGUGGAGAAUGCCAGCGAUGGCGAAGACGCCGUGCUAGGGAGGGAGGGCUCGCAGCGCAGCUCCCGCAGACGCUUUUGCCGGGUCAACCCUCGAGGGGAGCGCGUGCUGGUCACGGACAUCCAUGAGCCGGCUUCCGGUGCGCCCACCCUUCCUGGAGACCUUAGCAAGAUGCACUUGACUGACCAUCAGCAGUUAAUGCACAUAACUGACCAUCAGCAGGUGAUGCAUAUGCCACCCAGCCAAUCAGGAUGCAGCAUUGCAAGUGAUUCGGGAAGCAGCAGCCUAUCAGAUAUUUACCAGGCCACUGAGAGUGAGAUGGGUGACGUGGACCUGUCCGGGCUGCCCGAGGCCCCUGUCGACUCAGAGGACGAAGAGGAGGAAGACGAAGACAUCGAGCGCACCUCGGACCCUCUGCUUGGCAGGGACCUGGUGCGUGAGUGCCUGGAGAAGGAGCCCGCAGAUCGCAACGACGAUGACAUCGAACAGCUCCUGGAAUUUAUGCAUCAGCUGCCUGCCUUUGCCAACAUGACCAUGUCUGUGAGGAGGGAGCUGUGCACAGUUAUGGUAUUUGAGGUGGUGGAGCAGGCAGGCACAGUUAUGCUACGUGACAAACAAGAGCUGGACCUGUGGUACGUGAUCCUGAACGGUUCAGUGGAGAUCAGCCACGCAGACGGCCGUGCUGAGAGCCUGUGCAUGGGUAACAGCUUUGGCAUCUCUGCUUCCCUGGACAAGCAGUACAUGAGCGGUGAGGUGCGCACCAGAGGCGACGACUGCCAGUUUGUGUGCAUCGCCCAAGAGGACUACUGGCGCAUCCUCAACCACGUUGAGCGGAAUACGCACAAGGUGGAGGAGGCAGGAGAGAUUGUCAUGGUGAAAGAGCACCGCGAGCUGGACCGCAGCGGCACACGCAAGGGCCACAUUGUCAUCAAGGGUACUCCAGAGAGGUUGAUCAUGCACUUAGUAGAGGAGCCUUCAGUGGUGGACCCGACCUACAUCGAGGACUUCCUCCUCACCUACCGCACGUUCCUAUCCAGCCCUAUGGAAGUAGGCAGGAAGCUACUAGAGUGGUUCAAAGUAGACAGCCUCAGAGACACGGUCACACGAAUAGUGUUGUUGUGGGUGAACAAUCAUUUUAAUGAUUUUGAAGGAAACCCUUCUAUGACGCAGUUUCUAGAGGAUUUCGAGAAGCUGUUGGAUGAAGCGAAAAUGAAAGGUCACCUGAGGCUGCUUAACAUCGCCUGUGCGGCCAAAGCAAAGUGGCGGCAGGUGACACUGCAGAAGGCAUCGCGAGAGGCACCGCUGCACUUCAGCCUGCAGGGCGGCAGCGAGAGGGCCUUCGGCAUCUUCGUCGAGUCGGUGGAGGAGGGCAGCAAAGCUGCUGAGGCUGGCCUGAAGCGCGGAGACCAGAUAAUGGAGAUUAAUGGUCAGAACUUCGAGAACAUCUCCUACUCCAAAGCUAUGGACAUUCUGAAGAACAACACCCACCUCUCCCUCACUGUAAAGACCAAUAUCUUUGUCUUCAAAGAGCUCCAGAGCCGCAUCAGGCACGAGAAGAAGAACGGCAAUAUCCACAUCCCCAAAAUCCAGGACAAGAAGGGCAACCGCUUCUCCAUCGCCGAGCUACCAGGGGACCUUGAGUUCCCCACAGAUGGCAAGAGCCACAAGAAGCUGAAGGCCAACACUGUGUCAGGCGGCCGCAACAAGAUACGCAAAAUGCUGGAAAAGACCCGAUUCAGCAUCCUGCCCCCCAAGCCCUUCAGUGAUGGAGGUGUGGGCCAGUCUCAGGACGACAGCAUUGUGGGCACCAAGCAGUGUCGGCACAGCGUGGCCAUCAUGCCUAUCCCAGGCAGCCUGUCUUCUAGCAGCCCUGAUCUGCUCCAGCCAACCACCAGUGUGCUCGACUUCUCCAACCCUUCAGCUGCUGGGUUCUACUACAUUCCAGACCAGGUGAUCCGUGUUUUCAAGGCAGACCAGCAGAGCUGCUACAUCAUCAUCAGUAAAGACACGACGGCCAAAGAUGUGGUGUCACAUGUGGUCAGCGAGUUUGGACUCAUCGCUGCCCCAGACACCUACUCACUGUGUGAGGUAUCCGUUAGUCCGGAAGGUGUCAUCAAGCAACGACGGUUACCAGACCAGCUCUCCAAAUUGGCUGAUCGUAUACAGCUCAAUGGCAGGUACUACCUGAAAAACAACAUGGAGACUGAGACCCUGUGCUCGGAUGAGGACGCACAAGAGCUGCUGCGCGAGAGCCAGAUCGGCCUGCUGCAGCUCAGCACGGUGGAGGUGGCCGCCCAGCUCUCCAUGCGCGACUUCGCCAUCUUCCGCAACAUCGAGUCCACCGAGUACGUGGACAACCUCUUCAAGCUGGACCCCGGGGGUGGAGGAGGAGGUGGCCACCUGAAGUGCUUCGAGGAGCUCAUCAACCAGGAGACCUUCUGGGUAGCUUCGGAGAUCCUACGUGAGGCCAACGCGCUCAAGCGCAUGAAGACCAUCAAGCACUUUAUCAAAAUCGCACUGCACUGCCGAGAAUGCAAGAACUUCAACUCCAUGUUCGCCAUCAUCAGCGGGAUGAACCUUGCCCCUGUUGCCCGGCUACGAGGCACAUGGGAGAAGCUACCCAGCAAGUAUGAGAAGCUCUUCCGAGACCUGCAGGACAUUUUCGACCCGUCCCGCAACAUGGCCAAGUACCGUAACAUCCUGAGCAGUCAAAGUGUACAGCUGCCAAUCAUCCCCCUCUUUCCCGUGGUCAAGAAAGACCUCACGUUCCUGCAUGAAGGUAAUGAUUCGAAUGUGGAUGGCCUGGUGAACUUUGAGAAGCUUCGAAUGAUCGCCAAGGAGAUUCGACAUGUUGUUCGCAUGACCUCUGCCAACAUGGACCCGGCACUCAUGUUUCGGCAGAGGAAGAAGAGAUGGAAGAGUUUAGGGUCCUUGAGCCAGGGCAGCACUAACUCCAACCUGCUGGACGUGCAGGGCAGCCACAAGAAGCGUGCCCGACGCAGCUCCCUGCUCAAUGCCAAAAAGCUCUACGAAGACGCACAGAUGGCUCGCAAGGUCAAGCAGUACCUGGUGCACCUGCAGGUGGAGACGGACGAGGAGAAGUUCCAGAUCAUGUCACUGCAGUGCGAGCCGGCCUACAGCACACUGUCGAAGAACUUGAACGAGAGGAGGUCCACCAAAUCGGACAUGUCGCCCGUGUCGAUGCGCUCGGGUGCGUCCGCUGCCAGGCCCCAAAACCGCGUCUCGCAGGUUCUGCAGGUGCCGCCUGUCAGCCUCAACCCUCUGCGCAAGAAGAGUAUUGCUAAGGACCUGGCAGGCAUGUACGGCUACAGCUCACCACAUGUGAUGAAAAAAACACCCAUUUCAGCAGAGGAAAGUAAUGGGAAGAAGUUAGAAGAAGGUGCAUCUACCGUCUCUUCCCUGCACUCAAGCCCGGCAGUAUCGCCACAGAGCUGUCCUCGCAAAGUGGGCGGCGUGGCCAAGUCUCAGGAGUGUGGUCAGCUGAACCUGUCAGGCUCGUCGUCAUCACUCGCCAGCGAGGCCAGCAACAGGGCGGCGGCAGGGUGCAGCACAACAGGGAGCAUGGUUGGCGCACGCCGCAGCUACGGCAUAGGCUAUGCCCUGAUGCCGGCGGCCAGGCUGGACCAGUCGGACUCGAGCCACAGCGAGAUCUCCUCGCGGUCCAGCGUCGUAAGUAACUGCUCGGUGGAGUCGGUGCCCGCUGGCACGGCUGAGGAGCGUGGAGGCACCAAAGCCAGCAGCGAGGCGGAGACGCAGGCCCACAGCCAACAGCCAGCCUCCAACCACUGCCCGCCCUGCACUAGUUCAUCCUUGGCGAGGCACACGGUGACGAGGGGUUCCACCUUCACCUCCCCCACCAGCGGUGAGGAGCUGGCCCCGCCUGACCCCGCGUCCACCUCCGAGGCAGCUGACAGUGGCCGCGGCAGCUGGACCUCCUGCUCCAGCAGCUCCCAUGACAAUGUGCACAGCCUUCAGGCCCAGCGCAACACGGACCUGGCCAACCAUAGGCACCUGCCCAUGGGUGGCCCCAUCGCCGAGCUGGAGGUGGGGCCUGGCCGCUCCAGGCAGAGCUGGGCUCCCUCCAGCGCACUCCCCAACACCUACGAAGGAAGCUACAGUACCGUGAAGCGAAGGGUGGCCGAGCGUGGGGGGGAGGGAGGUGAGGAGUCUGCAGAUGGGCAACCAAGCACAGACGGUGUGUACAAAACGGUCACGUCGAGCACAGAGAGAGGACUGAUAGUGUACUGUGUAACCUCGCCCUGCAAGGACGAUAGGUACAGGGCUCCGCCGCCGACCCCGCCGGGCUACCAGGGGCUGGCCCUGGGCGACGCGCAGGUGCAGGAGGGAGGAGUGGCGCGGCUGGCCCACAUAAAGCCGCCCGACUAUAGCGUGGCACUGCAGAGGUCCAGGCUACUGCUGCACGGCCCAGCAGCCCAGGCCGAGGCACGGAAGCUGGUGCCCGGGCAGCGCGGCUCCCUUGCCAUGCCCCACACUGUAGUCCUCCAGACACUAGCAGAUAGCGAGGAGGAUGAGCAGGUGUCAGCGGUGUGACUCCAGCAAGGGGUGUGUGUGUGUGUGUGUGUGUGUGUGUGUGUGUGUGUGAGAGAGAGGAACAAGGGGUCCAAAGCAUUGAAGACAGCUUCAUUAUGUAAAGCCCUUCAUGCUGAGCACAUUCUCCUCAACACCACAAGCAGUGCCACACAGACCCAGCAAUGUUGAGCUUUUCAUUUUUCUUUGUGCCAUCUUACAACCCUUAAAGCCGCACCCCUGUGUUUUACCAAAUGGCACACACUAAAAUUCAAGAGCUCAUCAAAGACUUUUUUUUUUCAUUUUGCAUCCUGUUCUGUGAAGCAAAGGAACAGAGUUCAUUUGCUGUGUGUCACACACCUCUGUUUUUAGCCAAACAUCAUUUUAAACCAAGUGGCUAUUUUUGUUGCUAUAUAUAUAAAAUUUUAUUUUUGCCAAUGAACAAAAUCUUGCAGAGUUUACAUAUUUUAAACUUCAUGCAAAAGGCAUGAAUACUGUUUAAUUCAGUUGUAAAGCUUUACAACUGAAGAAUCUUGUUUAUCUGUUGCUAAGUGGGCUUUGUGUGUGUGUGUGUGUGUGUAUGUGUAUGUGUGUGUGUGUGUGUGUGUGUGUGUGUUUUAUUGCACCUCAUCAAAUGUUAAGCUCUUAAGUGAUACAAAAUUUAAAUUUUCAUGAUUUUCUGGAUAACUUAAAUAAUGUGCAUCGGACCAGAGAAUUUUGAUGUGUGUACUAUCAAAACAGUAUUGGUACAUUUACAGCUUAUGCAGCUAUUAUUAUUAUUUCUCAGUUCAGAGAAAAAUCAGCAUAUAACCAUUUAAAAGACCUGUGAGCCUUCAUCGUUUAUUCUAGGUCCUGUCCUGUCAGGGUGUUUACAUAGUUGGAGUGUACCAGGCCACGCUUCAGCUUAAGUCACUCCCAUGGUAAGAGGCGCUCUAUGUAUAACUGUUCUGUAGAAUACCUCACCUUGAAUGUAAAUCCUAAGCUUGGAUUUGUAAGCACUUAUAUUUAGUGGACAUUCUUGACAUGCCUUUCUCAUCAUUGAUACAUUGAUAUAAUUGGCUUGGAUAUUAUUUUUUAUAUUUGUGCAAAUAAGCACAACUAGCUAGAGUAGCAUGAUUUCUAGAAAGAGUUUCAUGUUUCAAAAUGGCCUGGUCUGAGAAAUGAAAUGUCAGAGAAAUUUUAUAUUUUAGGAGUUUGACUUUAGCUGCAUCUCAGGCAAGACUGUGCAUGCCAUCUUCACUUAGAUAUUCAACUGCUCGGUUACUCAGAGACCAAAUUGUUAGGUACUUCUGUGGUACACUGCUAUCUGUCUGUUUAGGAAGUAGUAGUAUAUGCUUAUCAGAGUCAUUGGUUUUUGGGGGGGGUUAAGUGUAGCUGCUGCAAAAUAUUAAACUAUAUAGCGGCUGCAAUGGCACUGUAGAGUCACAAUAGUGGAAUAAUUAGGCAUGUGUCCAGAUCUAAAAUGUUUUUACAGUGAAUGUGUUUACAGUGAUCCUUAAAAUUUGUUUACAGUGUUCAUUGGAGCUAGCUGUCAUCUAUGACGUGUUGAACUGAAGUGUAUUAUUUUACUCUGCCAGGCUGAUUUGGAGCUUUUUUUUUUUUUUUUUGCUUUUUUUUCUCCCCCCCCCCUUUUUUUUAAAGCAAUAACAAUUAUGUAGAUGCAUCUGUAACAGUUUGGUUGUCCAUUUUAAUAUACUUGGUACCUCAUACACCAUCUCAGUUGUAAAUGAUCUGUAAAUAUUCAUUUUGCUACUCCUCCUUGUGUAUAUAUAUAUAUAUAUAAAGAAAAAAGUCUUUGUGUCAAGGGACAAUAUAUUUAUAUGUUAGAUGUGCAUUUUCUUUCCUUAUUAGUUAAUGGCAUUUUAACAUUUUGUAUAGUAUUUUAAAUAUACCAGAUUAAUUGUUGUUGCUUUCUGCAAGUAUAUAAAUAUUAUUUGUACAUUAUAUUCUAACUAAACCUUAGUUAUCUAGGGUUAAGAUGUGGACAUAUUGUAUUAUACCAAGGGAUAAAACUGGAAUAUUAAUUUUUUCAGAUUUUCUUUCCCAAACAAUGACUUGAAGAUAUUAAUGGUAAUAUAUAUAAAUAUAUUCAUAUAUGAAUUUUUACAUAUAUUUUUUUCUUUGUUGUAAAUUGUUAUUGAUCAUGUAUAGUAGAAAAGAGCCCUCUAUAAAGUCUGUAUUUUUAAUAUUUUACUAAAAUAAAAGUCAUGGUUAUGAAUGCCCUGCCAUCAGCACCACCGUUGCUCUGUUACCUGGAAGAAAUGCAAACCCCAUGACACAUGCCUUUCUCUUAAAAGUCCACGUUGAGAUCUUUCUCUUAAAGGCCCAUGUUUAGAACAUUGUUUGCAUUUGUUCUAAUUCGGGGUUAAAGUUGAGCUGCACAAAUACAAGGACAAAUAAUGCAGUUUCUCUAGGCUCUUUCUUUAGUGGUUUCUUGAAACCUGUAAAUCUGUACAUGUAAUAAUUCUGAUGUAUAACAAGAUGACUUUUAAAAUUUAGUGAGUGGCUAAUGUAACUUACCCCUUGUGGUCCCAUCUUCACAACCAGCAAAAGCUAACAUGGAAACUAUUUUGUUGUUUUGUUCCGACAACUGCAUGACGGUCCAUAAUAGUUUGCUUACCUUAUUCUUACUGAAAGACAUCUUUAAAUGUCUUAGAAAGUCUGUUCAGUCUCUAUUUGCUGGUUUAUUAAAAUGCACCCUCCAUGUUCUGAAUAUGAAGAAAUAGAACCUCUUAAAUCCAUGAUCAGGAACUGGUAAACCUUUUUGUGUUGACAUCAGAUUUCAGGCUUAACUUCACAAUUGUGGGCAAAUUAAAUUAAAUUAAAUUUGAUUAACAAAGUGCAGUGGUACUCUAUUGAUGUGAUGGAUUAGUUUAUUGAUCUCACAGUUUACAAACAUUAGCCUUUGGUAAGUCUUUGAAUUUCCUGAGGGAGAAUGCCAGUAGCCUUUCCUUCAUCUACCACUUUAUUCUAAAUCCCCAAUUUUUGGUUUGGAAGUUUGGAAGGGGUUGUGACUGCCAUGUGUUGAAAUUCUAAGCUGUGUACCAAAUGCGAACUGCUAAUGGGGUAGUUUGUGUAGCACUCAGAUAUUUAGUGUGAAUUAGUUUCAGUAGUUUAGUUUGUUUUUGUUUUUUAAAUCAUUUAACAUUAAUAGAGAAAACUGUUAAAUAGGAAAAUUGUGGUCAGAUGGCCCAAAAAUAAUUGUUUUAGGAUACUGGGUCAAUUUUCCUACAAAACUAGGCUUAGGUUUUGUGAACAACAGAAGCCUUACCCAAGUGUUACUCAUUCAUCGCAUAUUGUUGACCAGCUGGAACAUUUGUCUUUUUUAAACAGAGAAAUUAAAUGUACAUUAGACAUUUCAGAUCCAGCAAAUGCACACCAAACUCCACGUAGCAAUCACUAAUUCUGACCAAUAAUUAAUUCUAAAAAUGAUGAGCACUUAUUUAAAAUGACUAAUAAAUGUGAUGUUCAUUACAAGAGAUAUUUGUCUAUGGUGAAGAUAUUUAAAAAUAUGUUUUUGUCUUUUUAGCUUCAUAACUGGUGAGACAGCCAUCACAUUCUGGUUUCAGGUCUAUCAAAAACAUAGCCCAAGGCACCACUGUGAGAAUCAUCAUUUGCUUUCUGCUGCUCUGUAUUUGUCUGUUCUCAUCAGAAGCACAGGAAGGCAGCCAUGAUAACCUAGUUGAGCAAUGUAGCACAACUCCAAAUGUUCAAUCCUAAUCCUACAGUCCAGUUUUUUUUUUUUUUUUUUUUUUUUUUUUUUUUUUUUUUUUUUUUUUUGUUUACUUCCAUUGUCUUCACGUUCUCUUAUCCAUGGCACUGCUGUUGUAAACAUAAUCUUAUGUCUUUUAGAAAGACAUUUUCGUGUAUUCUCUUGUAUUUCUAUUAAUGAUUGUAAAUAAUUUGUAUAUUCUUGUUUGAUAGAAUGUUACAUGGAAUACUACAGCCAGUAAUGGGGGCAGUAAUAAAAUGUUUAAUGUUUAACCUC